GCCAUUUCAUCACCCUCACUCUCUCAUCCCUCCUAAAUUCUCAAACCCUACUACUCUCUUUCUCUAUCCUCACAAAAAUGGCGGAAGAAGAAGAAAACACCUCAAUUGACACCCCUCAACUCUCGCUUCCAGUAGGCAGAGUGAAGAAAAUCGUGAAAUUCGACAAAGACAUCACCAGAAUAUCCUCCGAAGCUCUCUUUCUCGUCUCCGGCGCAACCGAGUUAUUCCUCCAAUUACUCGCCGAGAAAUCGGCGGAGAUCGCCGCCGAUAAGAAGCGCAAAAUUAUCAAGCUCGAACACAUCAGGACCGCCGUUAAGCGGCACCAGCCAACUAGCGAUUUCUUGCUCGACUCACUUCCGUUGCCGCCGUCUUCUCAUCCGACGGAUCACCCCGUUGCUGAUCAUACGGUUAAAGAGAGGUCUGUCCUUCCGCCUAAUACUCGUCGUAUUGAUAGCAUCUUCCGUAAGCCUCCACCGCAAAAUGAUGAUUUGAGAACUGAAGCUCCUGUUGACGAAGAUGAGACCUAGGGUUUUGAGGUUUAUGUAAUUUGAUAGUACUAGAUUGAAGAAAUGCUGUUGCUUUUGUGUUUGUAGAUGGUUGAGACUUUCAAUUGAAUGAUAAUAUAGUUAAUUGAGUGAAUUACUAAAACAUCUUCUUGCUAAUCCAAUAUUUGUUUGUGAAUAACAUGUCAAUGAUUAGGUAGUUUUUUUUAUCAAAGGUUUAUCGGAAUCAACCUCUCAGGAAUCGCAAUGGUAAUUGUAAGUUCUCGAACUUAUGAAUUCAAUUAUUUUGGCUAAGUGGAGUGGUAGAUUAUCAGAGAGGCACUGUGAUAUUGGUGGUGUUUUGUGCAUUGAUAGAAUCCUAAUUUAGAUCAUGCCAAUAAGUUAUUUUGGCUUUUUGGGUCUUGUGUCAAAGUGAUGAGAAUUGCAGCAGCAGUCUUUUGUUACAUACUUGACUUGCAUGUAAGAAUCUUCAGUAUGUCAAUUUCACUGGUUAUUACUGAAUUUAUCUAAGAUGAGAAUUGAGAAAUGAGGUAAACUAACUUUGUAAUGCGUAUUGGUGUCAUCAUAUUGGCGCAGGGACAUGGCAUUAACCUAUGUGAAUAUGGUGUGAUGUUGUAGUGUAAAUGUUUGCGAGUAGGAUCAGUGUGCUCCUGUAUAUAAGCACUUGUUUAUUGGCAUUAAGCUGUGCGCUUUUUCCUGUUUUAUUUUUAAAGAGCGAUAAGAGAACUUAUUGGAGCAAAGCAUUCAUAUAUGCAUACAUUGGGUCUUUGCUACUUGGAAUUUACAGAGAGUUUCCUGGUUUGACACAUAAAUAUAUAUUCAAAUUGAAGGGGUAAGAUUUUGUUAAUUUUCAGAGAUUUUUGUUAAUUGUUGGCAUUAUUUGGUUUGUCCAAGUGUUAUGUUGCAUCCAUGAACCCGAUUACUUCAGUGUGGUGAAGAACCUUAGUAAAAUAGCAAGUCGGCAGCAUAUAUGUAAUGAACUAAUUGUACAUUUCUACUGGUUGGUUGAUAAGACUAUAAGAGAAUAAGAGAAAGCUCUAUAUUACACACACUGGUCUAUUGAAACACUGCAUACGUUUCCUCCUGAUGAAUGCAGGGCACUUUACAAAAGUAUUUGGGAAGAAUUGGGGGGGGGGGGGGGG